AUCAGCGCCUCAUUCGUGCGAUGCGCGUCGACAAUCAUCUUCUCUUUACUCUUCUGGGUCGCAGCUAGAACAUCAACAUACACUCGCUACAUUUCCUUUACAAUGAGGCCGGUCGCACUGCUUGCCAUCGCGGCUGCCGUGUCGGCCGCACAGCUACCUUUGAGCUCAACAAGAGACGCGGCGCAACCGCAGAUGGAGUCCUACUCCGAGACACUGAUGUCUGCCCUUACCGCAUCCAGCAAGCACGGGACGUUUGUGCACCUUCUUCAGAGGGCCAAGCUCGUGCCGAUGCUUUCGCGACUGAACGGCACGAUUUUUGCUCCCACGGACGAAGCAUGGCAAGCGUGGGAGGAAGCACACAAGCCUGACACAGCCGGGAGAGUACAUGGGUGGCUUGGGCCUUCGGGGCUAUCGGAAUGGCUCUUAAGUGAUAUCGACGCGGAGGCCGCGUUGGCACGCCGCCUCGCUGCCGCAGGCGAGAACCGCGAGCAGGUACAAGCGGAGGCCGAUAACCAGAACUGGGCGAUGCGUCAGCAUAUGCUUUACCACAUCCUCAACUACACGCUUACGGAGGAGGAUUGGGCGCCGCGAGAGGAAAGCAAUAUUACGAUCGAGACGUCGCUCCUCUUCCCAAUGGGCAGAGCGCCUACACCGAGCCCUAUACCGGAGCCCGGCACACCUUGGACGCCUGCUCAUGGACAUGGGCUGCUCGGCGAUCAUGGGCAGCGGUUACGCCUCGCGAUGCCUGGCAGUGCAGAGGGUGGGGAGCGCGGUCUGGUGGGCUUCGACCAUUUCGGCGCGAAUGGUGCUGCCGUCUGGGACGGUUCCGGAUGGGACAAGGAGCCAAAUAAUACGCACAUACGGGCUGAGGCAGAGGACAAGGACAAGGAUAAGCAGAAGGAACGGGGCGUGCGAUGGGUGCGCAAUGGCGUCGUCGUUGGCGUGGACGGGGUCCUCACCCCGCCCUUGAGUCUGCUGGAUACACUGCGCAACACCCCACAGCUUGCCUACCUGGCACAACUGAUCGACGUGCCGCAGGAGAUGCCGCUGCCACUUCCUCCGUCGCUAGACGAAGCUAAGCACGUCACACUGUUCGCGGCGUCAGAGGACGCGUUCACUGCGGCAUUUGACGAUCUCGAGCGUGGAUAUCUCCAGGGCAUGUUUGGUGUCGAGGGUCUCAGCCGUGUCUUGGCUCCGGGCACAAUUUUGCAACUCGACGAGAAGCAUCCAGUCGGCUGGAGCGAUGCCUGGGGCAAGAAGGGGAGCAACGUCACCAGCGCCAGCGACACGCUGGAGGUAGUCGGCAAGCAUGGCAGUCUGUCGGUAAACGGCACGCAAGUCGAGGUUGUCGAUAUCUUCACCGCCAACGGCGUGAUUCACAUCGUGCCGCGCGUCAUUCUGCCUGAAGGCUUCGAGCUACUCAACUCCGCCGAGAAAGUGCUGCUGUCGCGGAACGCAACGCGCUUCGUUUCCCUCAUGCGCUCGGCCAACUUAUCCGCACGAUACAUAGGCGAGGCUGGCGGUAAGGCUAAGCGCGACUACACUAUCCUCGCGCCUACCGACGAUGCCAUCGACUACAUGGGCUACCUCGGAUCGCAGGGCGUGCUUCCGCUGGAGCUGUCUACUCUACUUCCGCAGAGCGUCGCCAGGACCUUAGGCGUUGCGACCGACGAUACACGUACAUCUACUCCCAGACCACCUGUCGACGACACCUCGCCGCUCGCCCAGCUGCUCAGGUAUCAUAUCCUGGCCGGCAGCUAUGAUCCCGAUGACAUCAAGGACGGCAUGCUGAUUCCCACAGAACUGCAGACCGCCGACCUUAAUGGCGCCAGGCAGCCGAUUCAAGCCGAAGUGUCAGAGCGCCGCAAGCCCGAUUCAAAGUGGGACGUGGGAGAGGGCGAGAUUGCGUUCGGCGGAGCAAACGUCGUCGGCCAGCCUGUAAAGAGUGGCGACACAGUCAUCUACUUCAUGUCGGAGAUACUCGCGCCGCCGCUGGACACGCUACAGACUGCCGUCGGAGACCUGCAACUGUCCACAUACAUUGCCGCAGUAUACGCCGCCGGGUUGGAGCGGUCGGUCAAGAGAAAUCCCGCCACGACGUACUUCAUCCCACGAAACAAGGCGUUCAACAACCUCGGCCUUGCGAUGAAAUACCUUCUCCUCCCUGAGGGCCGCGAUGAGUUGCGCAAGGUGCUACGGUACCACGCCGUCGAGCAGUUGAUCUACACACCUGACAUCGAGGUCGGGCUAUCGGUGCUGAAAACGACCGAGGGGGGAAAUCUCUUGCUUGAUCGAAGCGACAGCAACAACUUCACGCUCCGCUCGCCUUCCAAGUGGCCGAAGCAUGACUCGGGGAGCGCGUCGCUGCCAUCGAAUGGCGAUCUUCGGCCGGCCGUUAUGCGCGCUCACAAUGCGCUUACGGAAACGGGUGUGAUUCAUAUUAUCGACAGCGUUGUCCUUCCUUCCGACAUUAAUCUCAGCAUCGCCAAACUGAUCCGCGGCUCGAAGCAGCACACGAUGCCGGAGCUCCUCGUCAAAGCUGGGUUUGGAUGGAUCCUCGAGGGCCGAGAGCCGACAGACGAGGAGGUCGCGCACCUCGGAUUGCCCGAGGACUUCCGCAUCCUAGGCAAGAAUGGCAAGGGAGAAGACGACGACUCGCAUCCGGACGACCUUGCCUUGCCUGCAUACACUGUCCUCGUGCCGACGGACAAGGCGUUCUCCCGCGUCAACAUGACAUACUACCUAUCAGAUCCGGAGGCGCUGAAGCGCCUGUUGAAGCUGCACAUCAUCCCAUCGGAUCUGGGCGCAAGUCUGCCGAAGGCGAGCUCGGAGCAUGCGCCACGCUACCCUCCGGCUGAUAACACACCGCUGGCGCUUGAGGAUGACAUCGUGUACCCCACCCUUCUGGUGUUCGACAGCGCGUACGGCGAGCUCGGUUUCCGCGCGCAAGGCGACGACGACUUUUUGGUGGGCGUGCGUAACGCGCGGGGCGGCUCCUCUGACCGGCCUGCACGAACGGGCGCGGCUGGCCGUGCGAGUGUGCGCUGGAAAGCGUCGAAAUCAUCCGCCGUCAGCAUCCUCGAAUCAACUGAACCACCUCUCUGGCGCGGUGGCAUGACGCUUGGCGGCGGCGUCAUUGUCAUCGAUACGGUGCUGGAACCGUACGCGCCUGGCUGGUUUACCCUCUGGGGCUGGCUCGCGCUUACAAUCGUAGGCGCGGUCGCUGUAAUGAGCUUGGCUGGAGUAAGUGUGUGGUGGUGGUGGUCCACGACGAAGAAGAAGCAAGAGGGGUACGAGCGCGUUGCAACAGCUGAGGAGGAGGCGCGGCAGGAAGAGGAGAAUCGGCACUGGCGCAGAAUGAGCCGUGGGGGAUAGAGAUAGACAGCAUGUUGUGAACCUAAAUUGUAUGCACUGGAAUAUCAUGAGG